GAGUCGUGUGAAUCCUCGUGUGACUUGUUGCUGCUGUGAUCACCAGACUCGUGAGUCGUCGACCCAAUCAGAUCGGAGCCAUCCGAUGCGCCUGUCGUGCCCGCCGCCAUGAACACAGCAUGACAGUGUUGAGCCCGUGGGGCAGACAGUGUCACUGCCAGGUGGGCAUCGAGCUGCACGGCUGCUCGGAGCACGCCAAGUGCUAGGCCCACUUGUCAGAUGAUUAGUAUCCGUGGCCCAGCCGUAAGCGUCCGUGUGGGGAACCCUGUAUUGAUUGAUGCAAUUCAGCCAUUGGAUCUGAAGAAUUCUUCUUCUGGGAGCGAGCACGGCAGCCGCUGGCGUCGCCCAUGCACCCGUUCACGCUCUCCUCCACCGCGCUCCUCCGCCUCAUCAAGUCGCUCUCGCCGGCGGUAGCCGGGUCCCACCUGUCGGCCUUAGCGAUCCACUGCCUCCUCUUCAAAGAGGGGCUCCUCCACGCCGGGGCUCACCUCCCAACGGCGCUGCUCUCCGCGUACGCGGCGCUCGGCAGCCCGCGGCACGCGCGGGAUCUGUUCGACGAAAUGCCCGACCCAGGCCUAGUCACCCGUACCGCCAUGGCGCGGGCGCACGCGGCGUCCGGGCAGGCGGCCCAGGCGCUCACCGUAUUCAGGGACAUGGUCGCGGACGGCGUCCUCCCGGACAACGUGGCCCUGGCGGUCGCGCUCGCGGCCUGCCACGGGGUGGGCUCUUCCUCCGUGGCCAGGAACCAUGGGAAGAUGGUUCAUGCUCUCAUUGUGACCAGCGGCAUUGUGCCGGACGUGUUCGUGUCCACUGAACUGAUCAGAGUCUACGGGGAGUGCGGCGAGGUGUCAGUUUCUAGAAGGGUGUUUGAUCAGAUGCCGGUGAGGAGUACCGUUUCUUGGAACGCCAUGGUGCAUCAGUAUGUCAGGCAUGGGAACGUCGAUUCUGCGUAUGAGCUUUUUCUUGCAAUGCCAAGGAGGGAUGUGGUGUCAUGGAACACAAUGAUGGCCGGGUAUUGCGUUGUUGGCCGGAGCAGGGAGGCGCUAGGAUUGUUCCGUCAGAUGGUGUCGCCAUCGUCAUGUCCUGUGCGUCCAAAUGGACCUACAAUGAGCACUGUCCUUGCUGCUUGCGCGGGUACAGGUUGUUUGGAGACUGGGAUUUGGGUUCAUGCGUACAUUGACAGGAACCGCAUGAAUUAUGACGGCUCAUUGGAUCGGUCCUUGAUAGACAUGUACUCAAAAUGCGGAAACAUUGAAAAGGCCCUCCAGGUGUUCGAUAAGGCACCUGGAAAGAGGGACCUGUACUCAUGGACAACGGUGAUUUGUGGACUGGCAAUGCAUGGUAGGGCUGCCGAUGCUCUACGAAUGUUUAACAUGAUGCAAGAUAAUGGCAUACACCCUGAUGAUGUUACUCUUGUUGGGGUCCUAAAUGCUUGUGCACAUGGCGGGCUGGUAGAUGAGGGCCUUUGCUACUUCUACUCCAUGGAGAAAUACGCAAUUGCACCCAAGAUUGAACACUAUGGGUGUAUGAUCGAUCUUCUUGGUCGUGUCGGGCGAGUGCAAGAAGCAUACAGCAUGAUAAGGACCAUGCCAAUGAAGCCUAAUGCAGUAAUCUGGGGUGCAUUCUUGAGUGCAUGCAAAGUUCACAGCAAUGUGGAGCUUGGCGAGAUUGCUGCAGCUGAAGUCAGCAGGUUGGAACCAGAUGACCCCUGGGCGAGGGUGAUGCUAUCCAGCAUGUAUGCAAAAGUGCAGGAUUGGAGUGGUCUCGCCAGGGAGAGGAGAGAGGUGAACAGCCUGCAGGUGAAGAAGACGCCUGGGUGCAGCUCAAUCGAACUCGAUGGCCAGGUGCAUGAGUUCCUCGCUGGUGGUUUUCAGCAUCCUCAGCAUGAUGAAAUUUGCACUGUACUAGAGAACGUUGAAACACAAACACAUGUGGGCUAAAAAUAUGUGGAUGCCUCAUCUGCUGAGGUUUUUGUUUUGCCAAUGAAUGUUAGCAUGCAGGUGCAGGUUUCUUGGGCCUUCACAAGUAGGUCAACUGACCUCCAAAGCACGUUGCCACAUUGUUAUGUGAAGAACACGAGGAAAGAUCGGUGUGCUUGGUCAUAUUGCAAGGAGUGUCGAAGAUAGAGCCAAAGGCGAUUCUGGAUCAGCGCUUGGUGAAGAAGAACAAUGCCGGUCAAGCUCAAAUUCAGGUAGAGUGGUCCAAUUUGCCUGAGGGAAGCCACUCAAUCUGAGCUAGCAGAUUCUCAUUCGAGUAGAUGACUAUGACUGUUCAGCAUGAUCAUGCUGGACAUUGAAUCAGCAAUAGAAGCUCGCAGAUGCAUAGCACCGGCUCUGAUUAUGCUGCAGCUUCAGAUGUCAGUGGACAUGAGUUACAUGAUGCUGGACCUUUGGGCUUUGGCGGAUCCUGUUCAACUGUAUUUAUAUACCAAAGUGAGGAUUUUAAUUGGGAAGCGCCUACUGAACUCAUGCUAAACUGCCUUUAUGAAUUUGGCAUGUAUUUUACCGCUAAAAUGCUCGAAUACUUAGGAAAGCUCUCGUAUCGGAUAUCAGUACUCAUCUGAUACGUAUCAAACACCGAUACUCCUCAGAUACAUGGCGGAUAAGUAUAAGUU